UGACGGUGCCCAAAUAACAUGCAUAAAUUAUCUUAAUGAGUUUAGUCUGCGUGAGAGGAGAGGCACGGUGCAGCGGCUGCAGAGGACUGAGUGGAAAUAUUGUACAACUGCUACAGCGCCCCGUUGUUCUCUGUGUGGAUGGUGGCUACAAAGGAGGCAGGCAGCGGCGCACAAGUCCCGCCUGUAUUUCCCUCUGGAGGAGUCUCAGUGUCGGAGCUCCCGACUGGGGAUUGGAGCGGCGGCUUGUCAGUAACUGAGCCCACCCUUCACACAGUGUGUAUGAGGGAAACCGAGCCAGACAGUGACGGAUCUGAUCUUCCACUCAUCAGCUGCCUGUCACACCAGCACGCCACGAUACCGACCCCGGAGCCUUUCGCCUUCCGCCGCCGCGCUGUGACACCUGGCCGGGAUGGAGGGAGAGAUGCAGCCCGCAGAUGAAGGGCCCUGCGCCCCGAAGAUGUGCCGACAACAACGGGGUCCGUACAGCACCCUGAAAAUCUUCCAGAGCAAGCGCUCGGCGGGCAAGUCGCGCUUUGACAGGUCGGCUGUGGUCGAGGUGCCUCUGUUUGGCGACGGACACCACUUCACUUUCCAUCCCGAGCAGCCCCAUCAUUUCCAGCCGCACCACCACCACCACCACCAGCAGCAGCGUCUGCAGCAGCAGCAGCUCCACCAAACCAGCGUCGCUAUCAGCAGCAGCCAGCAGCAGCAUCACCCGACGCCCCAGCAGCAGCAGCAGCAGCAGGAUCGUUUCCCAUGUGAGAACAGGCCCAGCAGCAGGGUCCCGACAUCCACCUCAGCGGCGGCGGCAGCAUCUCCCGGUACCCAGCAGAGGCGCGCCAGCAGCGGCAGAGCGGAGCCCAGAUUCUCCCCUGACUGCACCUACGGGAUCAGCUCAGAGAAUCGUCUCAUCCUGGAUGCCUUCGCCCAGCAGUGUAGCAGAGUCCUCAGCCUCCUCAACAACGGCCGUCUCCUGGAGCCCUCCUCCUCCUCUCCCUCCUUCACCUCCAACAUCAAGCUGGAAGACGGGCCAGGGGAGGUCCAGGCACUUCACUGCUCCUCACUGGGUAAAUCCAAACCUGAAGAGAGCUCAUCCACCACAGACCCAGAGGAGGAGGCCCAACAAAGCCAUUUAAACCAACAACAGACCUCUGCCGUUCUCCGCAUCUUCACAGACUCCCUACAGAACUAUCUGCUCUCAGGGCCUCAGCAGCAGCAGCAGCAACAUCUGGCUGCAGGUCUGGAGGAUGAGCAGUGUCCACUGGCAGAGUCCGGCUCAGGGGUGUCUCCUCCGAGACACAACCUGGGAGGCUGGGGCUCGCCGACUCCGUCAGAGUCGUACGGCCACCCGUCGUCCACGCUGCCUGAGGAGGAAGAGGAGGAGGAGAACUGCUGUCCACGCUGUCUGGAGUUGGAGCAGGAGGUGCUGUCUCUGCAGCAGGAGAACGAGGAGCUGCGCAACAAGCUGGAGAAUAUCCCAGUUCCCUGUCAAAAUGUUCUCGACUACUUCAAGACUGUUCUUGAGUUUCACAACCAGCUGGUCCAGCCGAUGCCGGAGGAGCAGCUCACUGAGGAAGAAGAGCGGCAAACAGUCUUUGAGGGCAGUAAACAGCUCCUGGAGAACUACCCUCUCUUCAUCUCUAACAAGCAGUGGGACGAAGCCGUCAACUCCUCCAAGAAAGACGGCAGGCGGCUGCUGCGCUACCUGAUUCGCUUCGUCUUCACCACGGACGAGCUCAAGUUCUCCUGCGGUUUGGGCAAAAGGAAGCGUUCAGUCCACUCAGGAGAUCCAGGCCUGGAGAGACGGCCGCUCAACCCCGUCAAAGUCAGCUGCCUCAGAGAGUUCAUCCGGAUGCACUGUGCCUCAAACCCAGACUGGUGGAUGCCCUCCGAGGAGCAGAUCAACAAAGUGUUCAGCGAUGCCGUCGGUCACGCUCGUCAGGGCCGGGCGGUCGGCACGUUCCUGAGCAGCAGCGGCAGCAGCACCAGCAGCCUCUACAUGGACGCCUUUGACGGACACCUGUCACAGGACGAACUGUAUUUAAAAGGCUGCCAGAACGGCCAGUCGGAUUGAAGUUAAAGGAGAAGCAAAAGACAAAUGCCUGAAAUGUAGCUGUACAACAACAUAUCCCAAAACACUGACCUUAACCUGUCACUUUACACAGUGAAGAAAACAUUCCAGAGGUUUAUCCUACAGAAUAUAACCACAGUCUCUCUGAACCACUUUCAGUAGUUUGUAGCUUUUUUGCCAUUUUUAUACAGACAGUUAUGUUUCGUUAAAAUUUGACUCUUAAGCUGUUUUAAACUUUUAAAAUUUGAGUCUUCCAUUUGCUACUUUUUCUAUAGUUUCAUGUUUGGAACAGUUACGUCUCCAUCAGUGGAAUAUUUCUGUUUGUUAUGUUGUGUUUUUGGGAUGGAGUCCCAGUUGAGUUUUUUCACAAUUUACUUGCAAACCUUCAGGUCAUCAGGAAGCUAUUUGUGUUCAUGUUACUCAAGCCAGAGACUUAUUAUAUCCAUCACUGACACCACAAGCUAUGAAGGCCCAUUUCCACCAGUGUGAUGAAAACAAAAGAUCCUGUGAGUCAUUAUAAAGAGAAACUCCCUCAAAACGACUUAGUGUCCCUAAAUUAUGAGAAAAAAAUUCUCCAAAUAAUGACUUAAUAAUGAGAAACAUUAUUAAAAUGACGAUUUUAAGAUACUGAUUAUUUUGAGAUACCAUGUCAUUAAUUUAGCAAGUUUCACUUUAUUUGAAACACUAGCAUAUGAUUUUGAUAUCAGUCAUUAUUUGGAGAUACUAACUCAUUUUUGAGAAAAGCAAGUUAUUAUUUUAAGAAAGUCUGUGUUUUGUAGAUACUAACCUAUUAU